AAACCGGAAACCUUUGCGUUCUCACGGCUACCUUCAGUUAGCUUGAUGUUUUAGCGUUAAGCUACACAACAGUAGCUGUCAGUCGCCUUUUCAGUCAUUUUAUGACCUAAAUUGAAGAGUUUAACUUAUUAAAUCCACUGGAGACCGUCCCGUGAGUGGAUUUACCUCCACGAUGAUUCCCACAGAGGAUGCGUCCGCCAGGAAGCGGGAGAUCGAGGAGAAACUGAAGCAGGAGCAGGAGACUCUGUCAUUCAUCCGGGAAAACCUGGAGAAGAGUGAUCAGCUGACUAAGGGCAUGGUCUCCAUCCUGUCCUCGUUCGAGAGCCGCCUGAUGCAGCUGGAGAACUCCAUCAUCCCGGUCCACAAGCAGACGGAGAACCUCCAGCGUCUGCAGGAGAACGUGGACAAGACUCUGUCCUGCAUGGACCACGUCAUCAGCUACUACCACGUGGCCAAAGACACAGACAGGAUCAUCAGGGAGGGGCCGACGGGGAGGUUGGACGAGUAUCUGGCGUGCAUCGCAAAGAUUCAGAAAGCUGUGGAAUACUUUCAAGAUAACAAUCCUGACAGUCCUGAACUCAACACAGUGAAAGCUCGCUUCGAGAAAGGCAAAGAGCUCCUGGAGGCGGAGUUCCGCAGCCUCCUGACCCGCUACAGUAAACCCGUCCCCCCGAUCCUCAUCCUGGACGCCAUCAGCUUGGAUGAAGAGCUGGAGGUCCAGGAGGACGUGGUGCUGGAACACCUGCCUGAAGCCGUCCUCCAGGACAUCAUCUGCAUCGCCGGGUGGCUGGUGGAGUACGGACGCAACCAGGAUUUCAUGAACGUCUACUUCCAGAUCAGAUCCAAUCAGCUGGAUCGCUCCAUCAAAGGUCUGAAGGAUCACUUCCGGAAGAACAGCGCCUCCUCCGGGAUCCUCUACUCGCCCGCCGUGCAGACCAAACGCAAGGACACGCCCACCAAGAAGGCCCCGAAGAGACCAGGGACCAUUCGCAAGGCUCAGAACCUUCUGAAACAGUACUCACAGCAUGGGCUGGAUGGGAAAAAGGGGGGCUCUAACCUCACUCCUUUGGAAGGGAAAGACGACGUUCUGGACAUCGAGAUCGACUCGUACAUCCACUGCAUCAGCGCCUUCGUCAAGCUGGCCCAGAGCGAGUACGUCCUGCUGGCAGAGAUCAUCCCCGAGCACCACCAGAAGAAGACCUUCGACUCGCUCAUCCAGGAGGCGCUGGACAACCUGAUGCUGGAAGGAGACAACAUCGUGUCCGCAGCCCGCAAAGCCAUCAUGCGUCACGAUUACUCCGCCGUCCUCUCCAUCUUCCCCAUCCUCCGACACCUGAAGAUGAACAAGUCGGACUUUGACGCCACGCUGCAGGGAACGGCAGCGAGCACCAAGAACAAGCUGCCGACUCUCAUCACCUCCAUGGAGACCAUCGGAGCCAAAGCUCUGGAGGAGUUUGCGGACAGCAUCAAGAAUGACCCUGAUAAAGAGUACAACAUGCCCAAAGACGGGACGGUCCACGAGCUCACCAGCAACGCCAUCCUGUUCCUGCAGCAGCUGCUGGACUUCCAUGAGACGGCUGGAGCCAUGCUGGCCUCUCAAGAGACGAGUUCCUCGGCGAGCAGCUACACCUCCGAGUUCAACAAGAGGCUCCUCAGCACCUACAUCUGUAAGGUUUUGGGGAACCUGCAGCUGAACCUGCUCAGUAAAUCCAAAGUGUACGAGGACUCAGCUCUGAGCGCCAUUUUCCUGCACAACAACUACAACUACAUCCUGAAGUCUCUGGAGAAGUCUGAGCUGAUCCAGCUGGUGACUGUGACCCAGAAGAAAGCCGAGUCCUCGUACAGAGAGCUCAUCGAGCAGCAGAUCUACAUGUACAAGAGCAGCUGGGUGAGAGUCACGGAGCACCUGACGGACAGGAACAUGCCCGUGUUCCAGCCCGGCACCAAGCUGAAGGACAAAGAGCGCCAAGUGAUAAAAGACAAAUUCAAGGGUUUCAACGACGGUCUGGAGGAGUUGUGUAAGAUCCAGAAGGGCUGGGCCAUCCCCGACAAAGAGCAGAGAGACUUCAUCCGACAGUCCCAGAAGAAAGUGGUCUCUGACGCGUACCGGAGCUUCCUGCAGAGAUGUGCCAACAUCUCGUUCACUAAGAACCCUGAGAAGUAUCACAAGUACCGACCUGAGGAGGUGGAGGAGAUGAUCGAGAGGCUGUUUGACACGUCCGCCUGAUUAACCCUGACUCCUCUUCCUCACGCUCUCACUCUCCUCCCUCCCUCCCUCCCUCCCUCCCUCCCUCCCUCCCUCCCUCCAUCGUGUCUGUAUGUUUUGUACAAAGAAGCCAUCAUGAUGUAUUUAUGUAAUUAGCCGCUCCAGCUUCACAUUUUAAACUAAUAAAGGGAAAUCUGUGAA